CGGGCAGGAGUGUUGGCUCACGAGUCCCAUCAUCCUCAGCCAGAAUGCCGCUAGCCGAUCCAUCCGGAGGCCACCGGCUUGAGGGAAGGCCGAUCCAGCGCGUCAUCCCGUUCCUCUGAUUGGCUGGGGGUGAUGGGAGUUGUAGUCCGGCGCCUUUGGCGGGCGCCAGGUUGAAGGCGGCUGAAACAGAGUCCUUCCCUCCACUAAGUGCUGCAUAUUCGUGUUCCCGGGGUGGGGGAUCGCGUUGUAGGGGCACCUGUAAGGUGGAAAAGAAACAGGGACAGCGGGAAAAAGGGAGGGAGACCCCGCAGAAGAGCUGCCUUCAGCCCACCCACCGGUUGACGUUUGGUUAUUCCCUAACCCCAUCUACAAGAAGCCUCCCCUUUCCCCACUGGCUGGGUAAAAGGGGUUUCCAUCCGCCUACUUCACACAGUUGCUGUCUCAUCCCAUUACACCCAUCUACAUGCACUGCGUGUGCAUUACAAUUAGCUUAUUGUCUAUUCAAGGUGUGCGAGUUAAUAUUCAUCAACCUAUCUUCUCUCUUCACCGUGCCCUACGACCCCCUAAUCUCAUAAGACUACUGGGAGGAUAAGAUAGGAAUAGCACACUUUUUCUUCAAGCCAAUUAUCUCCCCCACCCCCAGCAUUCCUUCAGAUAACCACUCCAUGACUUGACUAAUGGCUCCUUUGUUUCUCAGUCACUGUGUUACUUUUUUCAAGUUAAGUUACCCCUUUGUGAGUACAGAAAUUGAAACUUAUUCUUAAUUUAUCCCAGCUUCCUUCUUCACUGAGUGAGUAACAAUUCUGCAUUGUUUUACUCAGAAACCAUAAACUACUACUGUGCUUAUUAGGGGAGGUGUGACUUCAUCCCUUCUUAAAGUUACUUCAAGUAAAAUCCUGUGCAAGACAGAAAAAAGACCUACAAUGCUUUUACUGGGACAUGCUUGAAGUUGAUUGCAUGCUUAGUUUGAGAGUUCCUUGAAUUUCUUGUCUGCCUAAAUAUUUUGUAUGCUGCUUUCCUGCAAGCCUUAUAGAUCUCUGUGAUGCUGUGAAACAGUACCACCUUUGCUGACCCUGUGUAUUUUGAAGUGACAGCAUCUUUGGAACCAUCCUGACUUCUUGCUUUCAUUCCAUUGAAGAUUUUGCUACCAUGAAACCUCUGCACCAUCUACCACGUUUCCUGCUGGUUGGAGAAGGAAAUUUUUCUUUCUCUGCCAGUUUGUGUGAAGUGAGAGGCUCUGAGGCUUGCAUUGUUGCGACCUGCUAUGAGAGUGAAGACACUGUUUCUACACAAGCUUUUGCCAAGUCCAACAUCCAAUACCUGAGAGACAGAGGAGCUGAAGUUCACUUUUGCAUUGAUUGUACAAAACUGAAAGACUACUUCUUGCCAUCUGAGAGGAACUUUGCUCGCAUUUAUUUCAACUUCCCCCACUGCGGCCGAAAAGCAGGAGUGAAGAAGAACAGAGAGCUUCUUGCCAGGUUUUUCUGUAGGAGUCAGGAUAAACCUUUCUGCGUCGAAGGAGCUCUGAGCCACAUAUUCACACGGGGGUUGCCUUUUCUCCAGCCCAGACCUGUUAUCUGUCAAGCAGAACUGGAAGGCCAUUUGAUUUCCUUCCUAGUACCAGAAAUAUUUGCUGACAAAAUUAACAGGCAUUUCCUGGAUAUCAGUUCGGAGCAUCCUGUAAGGACAGUCAGUGAAAACCUCACCGAUGAGCUUGGCAAAUCUUUCCCAGUUCAGAAGGUGAACUCUUCCAUUUCCUUGGUGUUUCAAGGCAGCUCCAAGUCCCGCUCCCUCCUGGAUACCUCUUGGAUGGUUCCUGUUGCCAGAAGCAGCCUAAAUUCCAAGCCUGUGGCUAACAAAAUUGGAAGGAACGCGGAGACCUUUGUCCUUCCUUCUAGUUCUCCUGGCUGGAGUGGCAGCAGUCUGUCUCCUGACUUGGAAAGCAACUGGGUGUUGGGACAGUAUUAUCUCAGGCCUUCCUUGUUGCCGUUUCUUCAUGAAGUUGUACAACAACCACAGUUUCAGCCGGGGACUUUCCUCGUCCUCCGUGGGCUGGCCUUUAGGAAAAGCAAGAUCUCCACUCAUGCACCACCCAUUUUUCAUGAGAUGGUCUUUCUCUGCAUGGCUGAGACGGGCACAGAAGCUGUAGGACUUGCACACUCCCUGGCAGGAAACCUCUCAAGGACGUUAAACUCGAUGCUUCAGCCUUCAGGUGUCCAAUUGUGCUGUACGACAAACAAACCAGAAACAGCACAGCUGUGUAUCUUUGAACCCCAGCCGCACGAAUUCAGAUAUUUUGUGACUGUGGCCCUGGACCCAUCUAAUGCUGACCCAAAGGAAGUGUUUGUAGGGACAGUCAGCAUAGCUCCGUGGCAGCCAAAAAGCAUCGGCCAAGAAAUCGUUUGUGCCUCUUUGAACCUGGAUCUCCUGGCUAUGCAGGUGUGUGGAAUCGUCGACUGGCGUAUGCUCUGGACCCCCAGUAGGCGCUUCCUGGACCAGUUUGCUGGAGGGCGUUUGGGCCCUUUCAGGAACUUCUCGCUGUACCCACCCUCCUACAGCCACGACAUCAGCUUCUGGGUUCCAGAACUGGAAAGAUUUGACGAAGCAGAGUUUCACGCUCUUGCCAGGCGCGUAUCUGGUGAAACAGUUGUGUCUGUCCAACUGCUGGAUAGUUUUCUGAACCCCAAAACAGCACAGACGAGCCUCUGUUAUAGGGUCACUUACCAGUCUAGCGACAAAGCACUCACAGGCCAGCAGGUGGCAGCUCUGCAGAUGAAGCUGAGGGAGGAGGCAGAGCAUAGUUUGCGCGUGAUUCUGCGGUGACCCUUCGUCCUCAUGCGCACAGAUUUUGCUAGGGCCUGUCAUUCCGGCUGCUCUGAGAAGGGGGGGUGCGCUUGCCUCCUUGAGAGUGUCUUUCAUCAGGCCAGCCAAACACCUUUUACAAAGGCCGGGUGGGCUUGAAGCAGUCUUCCUUUUUCACCAGUGAAUAGGAUAAGGCUGUUUUGUGUGUUGUUUCUACCCUGGUUUUAUUUAUGUAUUUAUUUAUAUUUUUACAUUCAUAUGCCACUCCCUGCUCCUAAUGGAGUCUAAUGGUUUUGGUUAGUCGGAUAUUUAAUCUCAUAAAUGGAAACGAUGGAGGAGAAACUCCCAAGCUUUGCAUGUUUAACUAUGCAAUGUGCAUAGUUGAAAAAGAAUCUCUCUGAAGUGGAAUCCUAGCAUUGUCUUUAAAGUUCGCAGUGAAGCUAUUUACUGCCAGUGGUAUUUUAUUCUGCCUUCUGUCAGAGGAGGGACAGUUCACCACUGCUGAAGGGCAGCGGACUAGGAAAGGCUGCUCUCUCUGGUAUACUUUACAGGAUCGGUGCUUCUGCUUGCAGCAAUGCCCACACCUGUAGGCAGCACAAUGCAAAGAGAAUGGCUGAUGAAAUCCAGAGAUAUUUAUAACUACCAGCCUUGCAAAGACUCCAAUCAGCAAAAGCCAUCUGUUAUUUUUAGAGAGGAUUACUGCAGUUGUUACUUUGGCUAAAUUAAGAGACUGUCACAAUUCCUUUGUGUCUGUCAGCCUUGAGGUCUGGCUGUAACCGGCAGGAGAAUACCGCUAUCUUUUGGAUCUGACAUCAGCCAUUUUCUUGACUAAUCACUUCGGAUGCUCAGAAGCUGGGUGAACACAGGGCCUAUUUGAACCCCGUGCAGUAGCUAAGCCACAACACCUCAUGCCUCAUUCUCACACAAUUAAUACUCUUUGAUAUAUUUGCUGUGGAACUCAAGACUGCCUGCACAGGCACUGCAGCUGUGAUCUUACGGUUAAAUACGGUGGUGUGUACUUCUAAAUAAGUGUGCCUGCAAUAAGAUUGCACUGCUUGGUGGCAAUUCUGUAGACACUUACUGAGAAGUAAUCUUGUUUAGAUACAGCAGGACUUAUUUCUGAGUAAAUAAAGAUAGGCUCAGGGAUGUUCUUGGCUCAUUACUUUUCACAGCAAUUGAAUGUAUACAGACAGACAUGAAGCAAACAGACAGAUGCACCAAUUUUUGUCUUGGUUUGCAUACAGCAGGUGGAGGGUGGACAGUUUUAGUCUGUAACAGAUUACAUAAUGAUGGACAGGCUUGCAGAAUCCCUUUAAGCGCUCACUCAUGCAAAACACCGUAACUACCUGUAUGUAUUAUCGGCAACUUGUGCCCGAUUCCAUAAAUGGCACUAAGCAUUGUA